AUGCGUCCCACGUCUCUUGAUGGGAGUGGAGAGGUGGAAUGGGGCGAUGUAAGAAGGUGUGGAGGUCAUGAUAUUACCAGCUCCUUGGAGCCAGUGAACAUUGACACCAGUAUUCUGGAGGACUACAUCAGUAAGGAGGACGACAGCACUGACAUCUGUUUCUCUGAGGUCCACAGCGGUGCCCCAGGGGCUAACUCCUACUCGUUAACCCAGGCCGGAGUCUCCUCCGCUGGGAGUCUAUUGUGUGGCGUGAGCUCCCCUAUCUCCCUACGUCAGGGAAACCCCCACCCCCAGCAGACACCCUAUCCCCCACCCCCUCCUCUGGGCCUGCUGAGACACAACAACUACCCUUGUUGCCUGGGGCAACAGCACCACCACCAGAACCAGCAGCAGCAGCAGCAGAACCACAUCAAGCCUGAACACAGAGGAAACUACGCACCCGGGACGCUCCCAGAGUCCCCCCCAGACUCCAGUUCUGAGCCAUACUCCCCUCAGCAGGUCAAUGAUCAGUGGGAGGACUACGAUGUGUCAGAUCAGUGGGACUACGAUGUGUCAGAUCACUUGGAGGGGACUACGAUGUGUCAGAUCAGUGGAGGACUACGAUGUGGCUCAGAUCAGUGGGACUACGAUGUGUCAGAUCAGUGCGAGGACUACGAUGUGUCAGCAAAUCAGUGGGACUACGAUGUGUCAGAUCAGUGGAGGACUACGAUGUGGUCAGAUCAGUGGACUACGAUGUGUCAGAUCACAGUGGAGGACUACGAUGUGUCAGAUCAGUAG